AUGUCUUAUAAUAGAUCUAGUGUGAGUCCCAGUAGAGGGUACAGGGAGUUUGAUCCAGAAUCCGGAGAUGGAAUAGGUAGGAAAAAAUCCCUUGUCAGACCAGAAAGGUCAAACCACCCAAGAUAUCAAUAUACACAGGCAGCUGCUAGUGAAGAUGCCGGCCGCAUCAAGGUCCAGGUCUCGUCCUCGGUUGAUCCCCAUGUCUCAAACGAAUUGAGUCGAUCAAGAUCUCACUUGAGCGCAUACACUUCCAACAGAUCUGGACAAGCUGGGGUUGGUGAAGGAAGUGGUGCUGCCCAACAUUUCCAACCACAUCAACACAGCAAUUUGCUGAACCAAAUACAUCCCGACGACGAAAACGAAGGUAUUCCAUUGAUGGAUAUCCACGAUGCUUCGCCUGGAGCAAGUCCUAGUACUCAGAAUCUUAAUGGCGGGAGAGAAGUUUAUGGUUUGAAUGAUGAAGUCAACGACCAAUCCAAGAGCAAUGUCAUUUCAAACGGUUUGCCAAGACCUCAAGUUCAAGGAACAAAAACCAGAAAGAAGAAACCAGGCAAAAAACAUGAUAUCUAUUUCUGGAAGGUGUACUGCUAUGCCGUUACCUUUUGGGCACCAGCGCCUCUUUUGAAGUUGUUUGGCUUAAAGACAAAGGAUCGUCAGUUUGCAUGGAGGGAAAAGAUGGGGUUGAUUUCGUGUAUUUUGUACAUUGGUGCCUUUGUUGCAUACUUGACAUUUGGUUUCACCAAAACCGUUUGUUCAAAGCAACAGAUUAGAACCAGAAUCAACGAAGUCAAUAGCGGGUACUUGAUCAUCAAUGGAAGAUCAUUUGACUUGACCUCAUCUCAGCAUCCUGCUGCUGCCGGAAUUGGUGAAGGUACAAACAUUCUUUAUCCUCCAAUCAAUGCUGGUGGUAAAGAUGCAUCGUUUUUGUUUCAAAAUGUUAAUGGAAACUGUAAAGGCUUAAUAACCCCUAGGGAUAAUUGUUCAAUUCCAUACAAUGAUGACCAAGAAUUGGCCUGGUAUAUGCCAUGUCGUGUUUUUAGUCAGGAUGGUUCAGACUCGGUUAAUGAUACCGAGGUGUACUACAAUGGAUGGGCUUGUCAUACAAGUGAAGUUGCAAGACGAGCCUAUUACAAUUUGAAAGUCAAUGGUGAUGUUUAUUUCACAUGGGACGACAUUAGAAACUCGUCGAGAAACUUGGUUGUUUACUCGGGAAGUGUUUUGGACUUGAACUUGAUCAAUUGGAUCCUGACGGACGAUGUUGAGUAUCCAGAAUUGUUUGACAAGUUGCGUGAUGAUCCAACUUAUCAAGGACUUGAUAUCUCGAUGGUGUUGACCAACCCAAGUGAGCGUCAAGCUGCGAGAUGUUUGACCGAGAUUGUCAAAGUCGGAGUCAUUGAUUCGGAUACCAUUGGAUGUAUUGCUUCAAGAAUCGUGUUGAUUGUUUCUUUGGUGUUUAUUUUGUCAGUUGUUGUAGCAAAAUUUAUUAUGGCAUGUUGGUUUAGAUGGGUCACCUCAAGAAAGCAAGGUGCAACUGAGUAUGAUAACAAGACCAUGGUUGCUAGAAACCAAGAAAUUGAACACUGGGUUGAUAGCAAUGAUCCAAUAGGUGCGCAAAUUAAGACGGUGCCACCAAAGGCGAGGGCACAAUACAAGACUGCAAAGACGAAUAGACAAAGUGUUUUCCAUAGGAGUCAAAAGCUUUCCCUUGGUCCAAAUGCUGAUUUAUCACAAUACUAUGAUAAUCCGAAUGCGCUUUCAAAAACGUUUAAAUACACUACCAUGUCGACUCAGGCUGCUUUAUUGGGCCGCAAUGGAUAUGGUAAGAAGUCGCAAGCUGGAAGUGGUAAUGCAAGCAGAAAGAUGUCGACCUUGUAUUUGAAUGAUCAAGGCUCGUCUACUGAUUUGUUAAAUCGUCCUGUCUCUUCAUAUAACCCGUUUGAAGGCUAUGAGGAUCAGUCAGCUAUAGUGCAUGGACUUUCACCAGAUAUUAUACAUCCAGAUAUUGUACCUCAACCUCCCGUUGAGUAUCAGCCAUUUGGAUUCCCCUUGGCGCACACGAUUAAUUUGGUUACCUGUUACUCUGAAGAUGAGGAUGGUAUUCGUACAACUUUGGACUCGAUUGCCACUACUGAUUUUCCCAACUCGCACAAGUUGAUCUUGGUGGUUUGUGAUGGUUUGAUUAAGGGUUCUGGUAAUGAUAGAACCACUCCGGAGAUUGUUUUGGAUAUGAUGUCUGAUUUUACUGUUCCUCGCGACGAGGUUGAGCCCCACUCGUAUGUUGCCGUUGCUCAAGGUUCUAAGCGUCAUAAUAUGGCGAAAGUUUAUGCCGGUUUUUACAAUUACAACGACGAAACAGUGCCACCAGAGAAACAACAAAGAGUCCCUAUGCUUGCUGUUGUAAAGUGUGGUACUCCCGAGGAAGCCAAUUUACCAAAGCCAGGUAACAGAGGUAAACGUGAUUCUCAAAUAAUUUUGAUGUCGUUUUUGCAGAAAAUUGUGUUUGAUGAAAGAAUGACCAGUUUGGAGUUUGAAAUGUUACAAGCAAUUUGGAGAAUAACUGGGUUAAUGGCUGAGUUUUACGAAAUUGUUUUGAUGGUGGAUGCCGAUACCAAGGUAUUCCCUGACUCUUUAACACAUAUGGUUGCCGAGAUGGUGAAGGACCCAUCAGUUAUGGGUCUCUGUGGUGAAACAAAGAUUUCCAAUAAGGCGCAAACAUGGGUUACUGCUAUUCAAGUGUUUGAGUACUAUAUUUCUCAUCAUCAAGCCAAGGCGUUUGAGUCUAUUUUUGGUGGUGUCACGUGUCUUCCAGGAUGUUUCUGUAUGUACAGAAUUAAAGCACCAAAAGGAUCAGAUGGAUACUGGGUUCCAAUUUUGGCGAAUCCUGAUAUCGUUGAAAGGUACUCUGAUAAUGUUGUUGACACAUUGCACAAGAAGAAUUUGCUUCUCUUGGGUGAGGAUAGAUACUUGUCGUCAUUGAUGUUGAGAACAUUCCCCAAAAGAAAACAGAUUUUCAUCCCCAAGGCUGCAUGUAAGACUGUGGUUCCUGAUAAGUUUAAGGUUUUGUUAUCACAACGUCGUAGAUGGAUCAAUUCCACGGUGCAUAAUUUAAUGGAGCUUGUGCUAGUGAAUGAUUUGUGUGGUACCUUUUGUUUUUCUAUGCAGUUUGUUAUUUUUAUUGAGUUGGUGGGUACUUUGGUUUUGCCUGCAGCUAUUGCGUUUACCAUCUAUGUUAUCAUUGUUGCCAUUGUUUCGAAGCCAACGCCAGUGAUGUCAUUGGUUCUUUUGGCCAUUAUCUUUGGCUUACCAGGUUGUCUUAUUGUCAUUACCAUUUCAUCCUUGUCCUACAUUAUUUAUUUUAUCAUUUACUUGUUUGCAUUGCCAAUUUGGAAUUUUGUCUUGCCCUCGUAUGCAUAUUGGAAAUUCGAUGAUUUCAGUUGGGGUGAAACGAGAACUGUUGCUGGUGAAGCCAAAGGAGAUCAUGGUGCCAACGAAGGUGUUUUCGAUGCUUCUAAGAUUAAGAUGAGAAGGUGGAGAGAAUGGGAGCGUGAGCGCAGAAGUGAGGAAAAUGCACUUUUACAAGCUGCAGGGGAUAAUGGAAGCGGUAGUGGUUCUGGUGGACCAUAUGGUCAUUCAGAUGGUAGGAACUUGACUGUGCCAUCGGCAGUCUGGGAUCCAGCAAACAAUGAGAAAUUGAUUGAUGUCUAUGACAAUGAAGGUUCUUACACGGGAUCUAGUUAG